GCGAUCCCCCGUGUAAGAGUGAGGUGCAGGAGGACAUUCCAGGAGAUGUCACCACAGGAAAUCUCAGUAACACUUCUGAAGGAAACUUCAUGUUAUCACUAGAUCAUAAAGUAGAAGAUGAAGAUAUCAUGCAGCGCUCCUCAGGAGAAAACCUCAUUACCCUUAUUGCACAUCCAGGACCUCACAGUACAGAUCUAUCAUAUAAUCCCUCUGAUCACGAGAAACCUUCUCCUGACCAAUCACAGAUUGUUACCACAAGUACAGGUCAGAUAGGGGGUGAGAGAAGUCACACAAGAGAGAAACCAUAUUCAUGUUCAGAAUGCGGGAAAUGUUUUACACGGAAAUCAAAUCUUGUUACACAUGAGAGAAUUCACACAGGAGAGAAGCCGUAUUCAUGUUCAGAAUGUGGGAAAUGUUUCACACAGAAAUCAAAUCUUGUUAAACACCAGAGAUGUCAUACAGGAGAGAGGCUGUAUUCAUGUUCACACUGUGGGAAAUGUUUUGCGCAAAGAUCAGAUCUUGUUAGACAUGUAAGAAGUCACACAGGAGAGAAACCGUAUUCAUGUUCAGAAUGUGGGAAAUGUUUUACAGAUAAAUCAUGUCUUGUUCAACAUCAGAGAAUACACAAAGGGGAGAAGCCAUACUACUGUUCAGAAUGUGGGGACUGUUUUAUUACUAAAGCAAAACUUUGUUAUCAUCAUCAGAGAAGGCACACUGGAGAGAAACCAUAUUCAUGUUCAGAUUGUGGGAAAUGUUUUAAUGAUAAAUCAAAUCUUGUUAAACAUCAGAAAUUACAUCCAGAGUGACAUGGGGAGAAGUAACAACGCUCCAUGUAAUAGUUUUAUAACAUAUGUGGACAUAUUAAUAUUUCAUCUUCAUCCAAACAGUAUUUACAGAUAAAAUAAACUCUUCUAUUUGCUUCACGACAGCGUCACCAUUGUCACUGACAGACAUUGUCUUCUUGGCUCAUAUUAUACUUUCUCCUAGCACUGUGACUUUCAUUGCUCCUACAGACUAACCCUCCUGUGCGGAGUCAGUGAUAUUGGUGGCAUUAUGACUAUAUCAAUUAUUUAUCUGACCAUGUGAUCUGUGAUCUGAAUUAACCCCAUAUGUACAUUCCUGCGGUUUAAUGGUAAGCCCAUCUAGAUACUGGAGCUGAGUGAUAUAUCGGUGGUGGGAAUCGCUGGUGAUGUCAUAUCUGUUAAUUAACCCCUGAAUAAUGGCAACAUGAAUUCAGUGACCAAGUGAUGCUCAUAUAUGUGUUUCAUAUGUAUCAUCCUCCAUCUUUAUUACCUGCAGAUCAUGAAUAGAGACAUGUGGAUGAAUUAUUAGUAUUUUCUGUGUGUCAGAUAAGUACCAGCCAUUAGGUCGUCCGCUAAUUUUUCCUCUGCUUGUUGAAUAAUAAAUACACUUCAUGCAUUUUUUUUACAUUUUUACUACGCAUUUGUCCUGUUUUCUUUCCAACCAAUUUAUUAGACUUUCUCAAUAUUAAAACAAAACACUGGGGGUGGGAAAUUAUGUACUUGCACGAGAGCCAUACAGCUAUAUACAGUAAAGCCAAACAAUAUACAAUAUUGUGCGAACACAAGGAUUUUUUUCAUAAAUAUUGUUUAUUU